UCCUUCAUCUUCGGUUUCAGUGUUUCCUUUUCCUUUUCAUUUUCCUCCUCCUCCUCUAUAUAUAUAUAUAUAUAUAUAUAGCAUUACAUCCGCUUGCUUCAUUAUCUCACGUACCCCUUUUUCUAAAUUAUUAAUUUGUGGUCUUUGGAAAAAUGUUAUCCAUCGAAGAAGUUCUUUGUGAGCUUAGCGGGGGAGACGUGAAUGAGCAGGGUCUGCCUCCGGGGUUCAGGUUCCAUCCAACUGAUGAGGAGCUCAUAACCUUUUAUCUGGCUUCAAAGGUUUACAAUGGCACCUUCUGUGGCGUCGACAUUGCCGAGGUUGACCUUAACCGAUGUGAGCCUUGGGAGCUCCCAGAUGUGGCAAAGAUGGGGGAGAGAGAGUGGUACUUCUUCAGCUUGAGAGACAGGAAGUACCCAACGGGGCUAAGAACCAACAGAGCAACGGGAGCUGGAUACUGGAAAGCCACUGGCAAGGAUAGGGAAGUUUACAGUGCCUCUUCAGGAGCCCUUCUCGGGAUGAAGAAGACCCUUGUUUUCUACAAAGGCAGAGCUCCAAGGGGCCAAAAGACCAAAUGGGUCAUGCAUGAGUACCGUCUCGAUGGUCACUUCUCUUGCCGUCACACCUGCAAGGAGGAAUGGGUGAUAUGUAGAAUAUAUCACAAAACCACGGAGAAAAAAAACCCAUUAUUCCAAGGACGCCAAAGUUACCUCAUGGAGCUGGAGGGUGUGGGCGUUUCUUCAGCCACAGCAAGUACCGGUUGCUUACCUCCAUUGAUGGAGAGUAGUAGCAGCCAGACUACAUUAUUGGAAUACCAAAAUGAAAACGCAAUGCAAGGCCUACAAAACCACCCAUUUGUGAUUCCGCACCAAGAGAAUGAUCUUAAAAGGCUGAUGAUAAGCCCAGGUGUCUCCCAACCCCACCUCUUCCCAAUGAAUGGGUUCCAACCGGACUCCUCCUCACCCACAACAAACAAAAACAGCAACAUCAACAGCAAUCCAUUGCCAUCAUCGAUGCUCUUCAAGUCCCUCCUCUCACAUCAAGAUUGCACUUUGAAGGAACGAGCAGCAGCAGGUGCUAGCAGUACCAGUAGCAGUACUAUUCCCAAACAGAAACAGUGCAAGACAGAGUGCAACUUUUCCCUUCAUGAUGGUAGCUUACAGUUGUUGAUGGACAAGAAUGAUCAGCCGAACCCGUAUCAUGAUCGUGAUCAUGAUCAUCAAUGUCAAGAUCCAUUGGCGCUUUUUGACAUGGAUUAUAGUGCGCUGCUGGCUGCUGGGGGAGUAGGAGGGGUAGGGGGUUUCACUUUCUCAUCGUCAUCGGCCCCUCCUACAGCUGCUGCCCCAGAUGCUGCAGCACUUGCUCACAUGUCCACUUCACUUCCUUUCAACUUUCAGCCCUUGCUACAUAUUCCUCCCACCAAACUCCUCCCCGAAGAUUCUUGGCCUCUCCAUCCUUAAAAUACCUUUUUUUUUUUUUUUUUUUUUUCCACUUCUUUUGCUCAACCAUAUUACUUAUAUCCUAGUUAAAACAUUUCCUUUUAUGUAUGCAUACUUAAUACCACCAUCCAACUUAUCUAUUGUGUAUACACAUAUAUAUUUGUUCUGUAGUAUAUAUUAAUUAAAACCAAACCUUAGCUAUUUAUAUAUAAUAUCUACGCAUUGCUCCGCUUC